AUGGCAGGAGAACUAAUUUUCAUCACCGGUGCCACAGGCUUCAUCGGGAGCGCCACUGCGCUGGCUGCGCUCAAGGCAGGAUAUCGACUGCGCAUCUGCUUGCGAAAACCGUCGCAAGAUCUUGAAGCACUCUUUGCCGAGUACAAGGAGCACAUUGAAUAUGUCACGGUCGCAGAUCUCACCGACGAAAGCGCCUUCAGUGGGAAGCUUGAUGGAGCGGACUAUGUUUUUCAUCUAGCCUCCCCACUGCCCCAUGGCACGAACAAGGAUACCUACUUUGGUCCUGCGGUCAAAGGCACAACGGCUAUCCUCCACGAAGCGGCGAAGGUACCCAGCAUCAAGAAGGUGGUCGUGACAGCAUCUAUGGCUUCUCUGAUCCCUAUGGCCGGCGUCCCUGUUAAUGGCGUCAUCAAAGAGGAUAACGAUUGGGAUUUCAGCAUCGAUGAGACUGCUGACUUCAAUGAUCCUGCCGAUCCAGUUGGAACAGCCUUUAAACUCUACCAUGCGUCCAAGUUACUGGCCAACAACGCUGCGUGGGAAUUCUGGAAAAAUUCAAAGCCGCAUUAUUCCUUGGUGUCUCUUCAUCCAUCAUUUGUCCUCGGACACAAUCUAGUCCAGACUUCCGCCAAAGAUAUCGAAAAAGGGUCGAACGCUGGGCUGUGGAAGGGGAUCAUGGGAGGCGUGGCUACUCCUAUGGUGACUGGAGUACAUAUCCAAGAUGUUGCAGACGCCCACAUCAAAGCCCUCAGCCCCAGUAUUCCAGAUGGCUCAAAAUAUCUUAUUUCAGGAAAGAAAGCGAGUUGGAAGGAAAUCGCGCAGAUUGUGCGUCGUGACUAUUCAAGCAUAGGAGCGAAGAUCACUACCGAGCUGGAAAUUGAAGGGGAGUCUAUGCCGAUGGAUACCAGCAAAGCAGAGAAAGAAUUGGGUAUUGAAUGGCGUUCUUUUGAAGAGAUUGUUCAUGAUCUGUUGGAUCAGCAGCUUGGAUUCAGCGAAAACUUGAAUUAG